AUGAGAGUCUCCCUCACUCUACUUCCCAUUGCCUGUCUGGCCAACUUCAUUUCUGCCGGUCCGGCCGCCUAUGAAGUCUGCCAUCACGUGUGCGCAAAGCUCGUUAUGGCCUGCUACUCCGCUGCGGACUCUAAUUGGGGGAAUGCUCUUGUAUCAAGGGCAACUGCUCCUGUCCUCCUUUUAUACUUAAAAAGUCCUGCUACCCCAUUUCUUGAGCAAUCCAAUGAGCUCAACUUCUUCUUUCGCACCCGGACAGAUCAAUUGAUCCAAAAUGAAGCUCUCACACAUACUCACUUUCGUAGCUACAGCUACAGCAGCAUCUUUGGGUCCCCGAUCCCACUCUUCCCCCCAGCUCCAGCAGCUGUAUCCGACGUCACAAUCUUCACUCCACCAACAGAUUACAAUCUCCCCCGGACUCUCUACGCUCGCACAAUCCAACUACCCAAUGGCGACCUACUCUCAACUUGGGAGAAUUACUCUCCAGAGCCACCCCUAGUCUACUUCCCCAUCUACCGCUCGACCGAUUUCGGUAAGACAUGGGCUGCCUACUCAAACGUCACGGACAAGGUCAAUGGAUAUGGACUGCGAUACCAGCCCUUCCUGUACUAUCUUUCUGAGUCUAUCGGCUCAUUCAAGGCGGGCACGCUACUGCUGGCGGGAAAUAGCAUCCCCGAGGACCUCUCCUCCACCCACAUUGAGUUGUAUGCUUCGCAUGACGAUGGGUUGACCUGGAGCUUCGUCAGCCACAUCGCCAGUGGUGGAGAGGCGGAGCCCGACAAUGGACUGACCCCAGUCUGGGAGCCUUUCCUUAUGACCUACAAUGGGCAGUUGGUCUGUUACUACUCGGAUCAACGGGAUAAUGCGACUUAUGGACAGAAGCUUGUUCACCAGGUUUCUUCCGACUUGAAGAAAUGGGGACCCGUUGUCAAUGAUGUUGCCUACCCAACAUACACUGAUCGCCCCGGAAUGCCAACGGUAGCCAAACUCCCGAACGGAAAGUACAUUUUCAUGCACGAGUACGGAUCCUUCUUCAACACAUCAGACUACUCCUUCCCGGUCUACUACCGCAUCUCCGCAAACCCACUCGACUUCAACUCCGCAGAGGGAAUUCAGUUGGUCGCGACAGAUGGUACAAAGCCCACUUCCUCCCCAUACGUAACCUGGACACCAUACGGUGGUGAACAUGGCACCAUCAUUGCGAACGGGCAGUCCUCCACAUCCAUCUUCAUCAACCAGGCACUUGGGGCUGGCGAGUGGACUGAAGUUGCCACACCCGAGGUUGCGGCUUAUUCGCGGUCUUUGAGAGUUUUGGAGGAGGGAGAUGGUAACUGGUUGGUUCUUACUGGCGGUGGAGAUUCAGCUGCCACCACAGAUAACUUGGUUAGUGUUAGUGUUUUGAACUUGAAGGGAUUGGUGUAA